AUGUCACCCUUCCAAUAUCCUCUGUUACUACCCUCAGAGCUGCGGCUUCUGGUACUGCAACCCGGUUUGCCAGAAGAUCCCCUUACUGGGACCCUCUUGCAAAGGAAAUUGUCGCCUAAAGACGAUGAAGUCCCAAAUUACGAGGCUCUGUCUUACUGCUGGGGCGAUCAGUCUCAUCCUCAAUCCGUCAAACUCAAGACGAAAUGGCGAAAGGCCUUUGGUAUUCACUCUGGGCAUCUUGAUAUUGGACCGAACCUGGCCUCUGCUUUGCGGGCUUUACAAUACCGUUACUGUAAACGGUUACUAUGGUGCGACUCUAUCUGUAUCAAUCAAAAGGAAGUCGCAGAGCGCUCUGCUCAGGUUCAGCGCAUGGCAGAUUUGUAUCAAUUUUCCCGAAGAGUCAUUGUCUGGCUAGGUCCUGCAGCGCCCUGGAGCACUACAGCCAUGGGAACUAUGCGUUGGGUGAGAAACCAACUCUCGUCUCCAGCCAUAGACAUUUCCUCGUAUGAAGGAGAGAUCGAUUUCAAAGGGCCUCUCCCGCAUACCCAGGACCAGUGGCUUGCAUUUGAGCAACUAUUGGCCGUAUACUGGUUCCGACGUCUUUGGACAAACCUCGAUGUGAGGUUGGGCGACGAUGAAAUGCUAUGGAAUAAGUUUAUUGAAGCGGCCAUGUUCAUAUCUUUGAAUAAAUCUUCGGCAUCACAACCGUUCUUUGUUGAUCUGGCCAGGCAAACCACAAAUAUCAAGGUUUUUUGUAACAAGGCUGUGAGUAGUUUUUCUGUUGUCGCGACGAAACUUUAUGAUUGCUCUGAUAGUCGGGACAAACUCUAUGCGCUUCGAGGGUUUCUCGAACCUGAUGCUACCCGAUCAAUCCCUGUAGACUACACCAAGUCUGCUAGGCAAAUUGUGGCUUCAGCCUCCAUCACUCACCUGAAGCAGGGACGAAAUCUUCAAUUUCUGGAACUCUGUAACUCGACCAUAUCUCCCAACUGGGUUGUGGACUUACAAAAACCCUUGGGCCUCCUACAGCUCUUCAGCAACGCAAGUGCAAGAUCUGCCGCUUCAGCGAGGUUAAUAAAGUCUGGAGUAUUAGAGGUAGUGGGCGUUUCUUGUGAUGAAAUAUGCAGCAGUAUAAUGGAUCUACCCCCGACAGAAAAUUAUGAACUAGUAGAGGACUACAUCACCAAUGUUCUAAAGGUGUUCGGAAAUCUCACAGGCAAUGAUGACUUUCAUCGAGACGAUAAAUGCCUCGACGAGAUGAUAGUCAUGAUGACAUUUGGUAACCUGAGUGCUGCGGCAACCGCUUGCACAAAAACUCGCCAUGGGGCCCUCGCGUGCGUCCUUUUAGACAGCUGCGACGGCGAUAUAAUAGUAACUCUUCUUGGCCUGUCCAGCAACUUGAUUCUCCGCCCUCAGCCAGAAGAUGGAUCCUACAAGGUUGUUGGACCGUGCUAUCAUCCGGGAUCUUCUGACGGCCAGGCCUUACUCGGGGAUGACUUUCGUGGCUGGCAGAAAUUGUGGCGUAUCAACACACAGACUCUUGCGUUUUGGAGAGAGGGUGAGCCUCUAACCUUUUCGGAUCCACGGCUUGACGGGGUUCAGUUUCCCGCUGAGUUUACCGAGCGUGCAGCUGCAAUCGAUGGGAAAUACGUUCCUUUUUGGGUACAUAAGUAUGAAUAUGAGGAUUACAUGGAGAACGAAAGAAUUUACGACCCACGGAUGUCAGAGCAUAGGUUGAAGGACAGGGGCGCGCCGAUACAGAGAUUUCGGUUGAUAUAG